AUGAAGAACCCACUAGAACCAUCUGGUGUCCUUGACCAUUUUGAGUACUUUGAUUCGACUCCCGUUAUUGGUCGCGAGUAUCCUACACUUAAUGUAGUGGAGUUGAUGGAAAAUCCUAAUGCUGAUGAGCUUCUGAGAGAACUGGUCUAUAUCAUCGCUGCGCGUGGUGUAGUUUUCUUGCGCAAGCAAGACAAUCUUACUCCCGAACUUCAGAAGCGCCUUGUGCAACGCCUGGGCGAACUCUCCAGCAAACCCUCUGAAUCAGGCGUGCAUAUUCACCCAGUCCUGCACUCCAGAUUCAAAGUUCCUGGCAUUUCAAAAGACGACGAGAAUAUGUCGGUCAACUCUGAUGUCUUCAAGGAACUGUACACUGAUAAACGAGUGGAUUCUACGCGAUCCGACAAAAAGCAGUCGUCUGACUUAUGGCAUUCUGAUAUUACAUGGGAAAAGGUGCCAUCAGAUUACACUGCCUUACGCCUAAAUUUGCUUCCCCCUACAGGCGGAGACACAUGUUGA